CUGAACGACGGACGUCGCGGCGUCGUCGUCGCCGCCCUUCUCAUCCCACAUAUUUUCUCAUCGUAGCUCAGGAAAAUCGGUCACCACGAUGCGUCACGCGCAACCACUCGGCCUCUUCCUUCUCGUAUUUGUGUCAGUGUACGCGCGCCGUGCCACCGGUUGCGCUUUCUGCGAAACACUGUCCCAGCAACAGCUACAGCUGCGCCAGCUACAACAGUUGUCGCAGCAACAACCGCGCCAGCAACAAGGGUACAAAACGAUCGGUAGCCCGAGGCCUUUCGGUGCCGAGAAACCGACCAGGGCGCAGGAGUUCAACAGGACUGGCGUGCUGCACCCCGAGUACCAGAUACCAGCUACGCUUCGCCCCGGUAACGUAUCUCAGUUCUAUUACCUGAGUCCACGUGAAGGACCACCUCUCACGUUACUCGUUAGCCCAUGUAGCGGGCCGAUAUCAUGGACGGUCAGUUACGUCGAGCCACCGGAGAACAUCGAAGAAACGGAAGGAGCAAAAUUUCAAACCCGGUGGCCAGUGAAGAGUUUGAAGCCAGGCUCCCCUCUUUUCACGUACGAGGGUGCAGAGGAUCAGAAUUUUACGAUAUCAAAGACACGCGCUGGUCUUUAUUGGUUCGAAAUUAAAUCCGUGAACCCUCCUGGUGCCAGUUUACAAAAUUUAACACCGAGCACAGUGCUGCUGUACGCCACGUCAAGCAGUUUGAGCCAUAUCCCGGAAUUGUAUGCAAACGAAAUGGAAAAUCGUCACCGCUCGUUAAGAUUUCAACAACGAAGAAGCAAACGUCGGCUUACGAUAUCCUGGAAUAAAAGCAACAUAGAUCCCCACCUCUCGCAUUACUGUUUAGCCGUGACAUCGGGGUCUCAGGCUCACCCCUUGACCCUUUGCGCCGCGCAAAAUGUUCUACGCGUUUACCAGCAUUCGACGAAAGGGAGUUCUUCCUCUUCUAAGGAACAGCAACAUCGCGGCAUUCCGGAAGGACUUCAUUGCGUGCGUCAAACAAAAUUGACGCUUCACAGGAUGAAAUACGAUACUACGUACAAUGUUACCUUAUACGUGGUAAAUACGCGUAAUAAUGUGUCAAAUCGAAUAGCGACUGACACGAUCAAAUUUCGGAAGACACCGGAGUUAAGGCUACGCACUGGACAUUAUACCACAGCUAAUUUACGCAAAACCGAUGGAUUCAUCAGCUUCCAUUAUCGUCCUCCGGGAAAUACUUCGAGCACCUUUCAUAUUCUUCCUUGCGGUGGUGGCAUCGUUAGAGCAAAAUUAAGCGGUCCAGGAAUUUUAAGGGAAAAGGAGGUAGUAGGAUAUGCAUCGUUGAGAGUACCACCUUUAACAUCAGGGAAGACGUACACAUUACGGAUAUCCGCUACACCACAGGAAUUAGUACGAGUAUCUGCCAUUAAAGUACUAGCCACCCAACAAUCAUCCGCGAUAUAUCCACAGAUUCCAUCUAAAAGUGCGCCACGGGAGUACAGAUCCUUAAGAACUUGCCACGAGGUGACAGUAGGGGUAGAGUCGGCAGGUUCUGCCAAGUAUUGCAUCCUCGUACGAGAAUUAAAGAGCAGUUCGUCAUUGGCCAGCAUGACAACAAUUCCAGACCAAUGCGGUCUUCAUCGUCGACGACGUUCCGAGUAUACAUUCGAGGUCUGCGAAGAGAAACAGAGUCCGUCGAAAGAUCGAGCGCUUCCGUUCACCCUUAAAAGAUUACAGCCAGGGAAAUCUUAUCUCUUACAAAUUACAGCUCAAUUAAAGGGACAAUCUUUGUCCUAUCCGUUGUUGACUGUACGCACUCGACGUUCUUGUCUACCUUGA